AUGCACGUACGGUUCGAGGUUCGAGAAUCAGUCGGAUCUUCAAAGUGGCUCAGCAGCCGCCGGGAACCUCUUGUCCGAUCUGCUGGUUUCCUCUGGGUCCGACGCUACCGCUACUGCCAAGCACAUCGGCCUACGACGCUGGAGCGCAUGCCAUACCUCGCACAUGGAGAGCACGGCGGCAUGCUAUUCAUUUUCAAAGUGCUCUCCGCCAGCAACGCGCUGCCGCUACAGGCGCACCCGCCCUCCGAGCGCGUAGCCAGACUCAAGGGCGUCGACACGCAUGCAUCGUGGACUUUGCAGUAG